AUGACACCAGAACUUCUCGCUGAAGGUCUAAAUAUCCCUCUGACGUCGUCGCAAGCCGUAUUUUCAGCGACACAGGCGCCGAGAGCCGUCCCUAUGACUCAAUCAGCAGCAUCAAUGGUCAGUUCUGCCAAGACGUAUAUAACGCUCUGUGACCCUCUAGACAAGCUUCUGGACGGGGGCCUGAAGAGAGGACACAUUCUGGAGAUAUCCGGCCCGCCAGGAAGCGCGAAAGAGACAUUGGCAGCAAACAUCGUUCGAAGCUUCGUCAGUACGGGGGACGAAGUUCUCUUCAUUGAUAUGCAGAAUAUGAUGAGCCCGGCUACCCUGAACAGAAUUCUACACAAAUCAUACGUUCCUCCGGAACACAGGAAACUCGUACAUCAUCUAAAUCUGCACAGUCUUCCGGACCUCAUGAUUUUCCUCAAUAAUCUACCUUAUUACCUGGGUACACAUCCAAAGAUUACUCUGCUCGUAUUAAACUCACUCUCUUUCCCCUUCCAGUCGGCCGUUGGACUCGGGAUCCCAACCCGGAAUGCGCUUCUGGAAAAGGUCAGGCAGACGCUGUCCAAAACAUGUGCGUCCUCAAAUUUAACUAUCGUAAUCACAAGCCAGCUCGCGACAAAAAUGCUCAACCCCGACGGUUCGGCAGCAAACUUUGAUACGGGAUCCAGAGCGGUAAUUGUUCCUCAACUAGGAAAUACAUACCUCCCUUCGGGCAGAACGUCCAGGGUGAUUGUUGUUCCACAGACACGAUCAACGGGUGUGCUGCGUCUGCUGUUGUCGCCAACACACGUGCAAGGCCGCCGACGUGAAGAGAGCUACGAAAAGAUCGGAGGUGCGAUACAGUAA